CCCUGUGUCUCCUGUCCCUUCAGACGGUCUCUGUAGCUCUGUCAACAAUAACAGCUGCAGCCUCCAGGAGGAGAUGCCAUGACCUUCACCUUCACAGCUCUGCUCUGUCUGGGACUGAGUCUGCAACAUGGGACACCAGUGCUGGCAGGAACUCUCCCUAAGCCUAUUCUCAGAGUACAGCCAGACUCUGUGGUCCCUGAACAGACUACAGUGACCUUCUUUUGUGAGGGGUUCACAGGAGCCCAAGAAUACCAUCUGUAUAAAAUGGGGUAUUUCAGGCACACAGAGAUUCCAGCGAAUCCUAACAACAAGGCUGAAUUCUCAAUCAAAAAAAUAAGCCGUCAUGAAGCAGGGCAAUACACCUGUCGAUACUGGACCCGUAAUAGAUGGUCAGGAUACAGUGACUACAAGGAGCUUGUGGUGACAGGGGCCUACAGUGAACCCAGCCUGUUAGCUCAACCCAGCCCUGUGGUAACUGAAGGAGGGGAAGUCACCCUCCAGUGUGUCUCAAGACAACCAUAUUACAAGCUAAUUCUGACUAAGGAAGGACCACAAGAGUACUCUUGGAUACUAGACUCAGAGUAUGACCGCUCUACUGGGAAGUACCAGGCCCUAUUCCCUGUGGGCUCUGUGACCUCCAGGCAAAGGUGGAUAUUCAGAUGCUACAGCUUUGACAGUAACCAACCACUAGUGUGGUCAGAACCUAGUGAACCCCUGGAGCUUCUGUUCUCAGGGACCCACCACAAACCCACCAUCAAGGCUGAGCCAGGCACUGUGGUUGCCUCAGGAAGCCCCAUGAACAUCUCAUGUCAGGGAACCCAGGAUGCAGAAAUGUGUUUUCUGCAUAAAGAGGGAAGCCAUCAAUCCUGGGGUACACAGACCCAAAAGAAGUCUGGAAACAAGUCCACAUUCUCCAUUCCUUCUGUUGCAGACUACGUGGGGGGGCAAUAUCGCUGUUACUGCUACAGCUCAGCUGGCUGGUCAGAGCGCAGUGACACCCUGGACCUGGUGGUGACAGGACUCUAUGACAAUAAACCACGCCUGACAGCACUGCCCAGCACCGUGGUGACCUCAGGAGGGAACAUGACUCUCCAGUGUGUCUCACAGGAGAGAUAUGAAAAGUUCAUUCUCACCAAGGAAGAUCAGAAGUUCCUCAGCUCCCUGAACUCACAGUACAAUCGCAGUAUUGGGCAGUACCAAGCCUUAUUCUCUAUAGAGCAUGUAACACCUAACCACACAGGGACAUUCCGAUGCUAUGGUUACUACCAGCAAAGGCCACUGCUGUGGUCAGUACCCAGUGAGCCCGUGGUAAUAUACAUCUCAGGCCUGUCUAACAAGCCCUCUCUGCUGACUCACCAAGGUCAUAUCCUGGACCCUGGAAAGAACCUCACCCUGCAGUGUUGCUCUGACAUCAACUAUGACAGAUUUGCUCUGUACAAGGUGGGAGAAACAGACUUCACCCAGCUCUAUGGCCAGAGGACCCAGGCUGGCCUCUCCUUGGCCAACUUCACACUGAACCCUGUGAGCCGCUCUACUGGAGGUCAAUACAGAUGCUAUGGUGCACACAACCUCUCCUCUGAGUGGUCAGCCGCCAGUGACCCUGUGGACAUCCUGAUCACAGGACAGUAUCCUGACAGACCUUCCCUCUCAGUGAAGCCAAACUCCACAGUGCAGUCUGGAGACAACGUGACCCUGCUGUGUCAGUCAACAUACACAGCUGACACUUUCAUUCUGUCCAAGGAGGGAGCAACACACCAACUCCAGAAAAUAAAAUCCAAGUCACAAGAUGGGGAGCUCCAGACAGAAUUCUCCUUGAGUGCCGUGACCUCUGCCCACUCAGGCACCUACAGGUGCUAUGGUUCUCAUGACUCAUCUCCCUACAUGUUGUCACAUGCCAGUUUCCCUGUGGAGCUCUCUGUCACAGGUCACAUUGGAGCCUCCAUCCCACCACCCUCAAGUCCUUUGCCAACAGCUGGUCUGGAACAGUACCUGAAGGCUCUGAUCGGAGUCUCUGUGGCCUUCCUCCUGUUACUCUUGAUCCUCAUCUUUCUCCUUCUCCAGCGAAGGCAUCAGAGAAAGUUCAGGAAGGAUGCCCAGAAAGGGACAGAAUUGAAACUUCCUUCAGGAGACGCAGAGCCAGUAACCACAGACAGAGGCUGCAAGAAGAGAUCCAACCUAGCUGCUGCUGUCCAGGAAGAAAGCCUUUAUGCUUCAGUGGAGGACAUGAAACCUGAGGAUGAGGUCAAGCUGAACACUUCGCUACAGAGACCAUACACAGAAGAUUCCCAGGGAGAGACAUAUGACCAGGUGAAAGACUCCAGGCUAAGGAGGGCAGAAGCUGUCCUACCUUCUGUCAUCUCAAGGGAAGUCCCACAAACAAAAGAUGAACAAGCAGACGAGGACAGAGAGACAGACACUCAGGCUGCUGAAAACGAGGAGCCACAAGAUGUGGUCUAUGCCCAGCUGUGCAGCACGUCACUCAGACAGGGGACAGCUGUAACUCCUCCCUCCCAGGAAGGAGAAGCCUCAGAGGAGCCCAGUGUAUAUGCUGCUCUGGCAGUCGCUCAACCAAGUCCUGUUCCCAAUAAUGACGAUCAAUGACCCUCUAGCAUACAGGAGACCUACGGAGACCUCUGAGGGAUCCUGUGAAUUUUGGGAACCUGGCUGCAUUUUACUAACAUCAUACAUUUUGCAAAUGAAGAAUAUUACUCAAUAAUCAAUAGGAAUGAGAAAUGAUAUAGAAAGGAAGGAUUUUACUCUGAGUAAUAAUUUUUAUGACAUUCAUCAAAGCCAUGAAAUGAGAAAAAUUUCAGGCACAGAUCCAUAAUCUCAACCCAUGUGAACAUGAGUUAGGAGAAUUUCUUUGGUUUCUUAGCCAUCUUGGAAUACCUAGAGAUUUCAUACAAGCUUGGGCAAUGGAGUAAUACUUGUUUCAAACAACACUAACUUCCAUGGGCCAGGGGGAGGUACAUAUCAGAAAUGCUACCACUUUGGAGGUUUCAGCAGGUGCAUCAAGAAGACAAGGUCAUAGCGUAGGAAGAAGAGGCCAGCCUGGAUGACAUGUGACACUGUUGUAAAUAAAUAAAUAGGACACA